AUGCUGUGGUCCUGGAGCGAGCUGGUCCUUUUCAAGGACAAAGAAGUGCUUGAAUUGGAUAUGUACAUCUGUCAUAGGAUUUACGGCCAGACGUUACACUUAUAUCUUUGGGUAAUGGGAAAGAGUGGAACACAUCUAUCCAAUGCAGCUGGGCAUAGCGGUUUAUACAACACGAAAUUAUAUUCACCUUUGACCGAUACACCAACCCAGUGUCCAAGAACUUCCCGUCGAAGCUUACAAUACGUUCAAUAUACCCGGUCUCAAGUGUGUCGAAUGAUUUCUUGCAAUGAAGUUCACUAUGUCGAUCUUCACGGAAGCGUUCUAGAAAUUCAUAAUCUUGCCACGCUGAUUAAGCUCCUUAUACGUUUAUCUAGAUAUAAGAGUAUGCACGGAAUGCAAUUAGUAGCUUCCUUCACCUUUGACGCAUUUCUUUCAUCUCCCAGGAUGGGUAAAGUUUCAAUAGUCCAUCAAAAAUAUCUUCUGGUAACGGACCAACAAAUUCAAUUCAAUAUGCAUACCAUUUAUUAG